AUGUCCACCGACGCAACACCAGAGACUUUGCUCUUCUCAUCAAGCGAUUACGACAAUGAAGAAUUAGCGCGUCUUGUUGAACUUCAAAGACGACAAACAGAGCUUUUACAACCUGACAUUGAUAACCUAGAUUUCCAAGAGGACGAUGAGGAUGACUUUUCAGUGACCAACAGAAGAGCAUCCAUCAAAAAGGGGCCCACUGUACCCGAUAUGCGUUUCGAGAAGCAAGUUGAAAAGUCGAUUGCACAACUGCAAGAGAAGGGAGCGUCCAACUUCUCCAUCAUGUGGUCUAUUGUAGUCAAAGACAACAUCCUUAUACCUUUUGUCAGUGGCUUUACGUGGAGUGUGUGUUCAACAGCGUGGACCUGGUACAGAACAAGAGGUGUGGUGAAUGCAAGAAACCCUGCAAAGAAGUUUGGUUUCUUUCGCGGUAUCCAACAUGGCAUUGCUGAAUGGACAAAGUGA